AGAGAGUUCGGUGGCAAAUCAAAUAAUAAAAUAAAAGAAAAUUCUCAUCUUCUGCAAACAAUGGCCGAUGCAUUUUUCGAUCCAACUGCUCCCGUCGCGAAUGAUCAGAAAAAACCCGAUGACGAGUACCACAAUCUCGCCGCGAUGCCCUACGACAAUCUGAAUCCAAAUGCGCCGACAGUCGGAGGAACACCGCCACCGCCACCGCCAGAUGCUCACGGAGCCGCCGGUGGGCUCGUAUCGGAUAAGAAGGUGGCAAGUGGUGAUGUGGUUGGUGAUGGGGUUCAGGAGUUGCCCGAGUCGGAUCCUUCGUCCAUUAAGCCGAGAGUCAAUAAGGCGAAGAUCAAAAAGUUGAAGAACAAGCUUAAAAACGCGAAAAUCGUCUACUGGACAAUGCUCGGAAUUUGGACGAUUUGUCUGGUUUUAUUCGUUCUCGUUUACUUCAGUAUUUUCCCGCUUUAAAUAAAACAGUUUGGGUGGAAAAUGAAUAAAGAUAUUGGAUU